UUAAAGUAACUUUGGAAUCCUAGGAGUGGCAAUACAUAUAAAUUGAAAACCCUACACCCCACAAACCAUUUGUCUUAACCUCAAGGCUUUAGACUCACCAAAAACACAGCUGACGGCCAAUUAGUCUCUCUUCUUCUUGAAACAAUGGCUCCCAAAAACAAAUCUCGGUUAGUAGAUCAACCUCCUUCUGCAUCUUCUUCUGAAGAACAAGAACAAGUUGAAGAAUCCCAAGAAGAAGAAGAAUCUGGAGGAGAAGAAGAAAGUGAAGAAGAAAGCGAAGAAGAACAAGAACAAGAACCCAAAACAGUUGAAAAGAAACCUCAAACAACUCAAAAACCUGUCCAAACCCCAACAAAACCACAAUCUUCAUCUUCCUCUGAAAACCCAAACGGGUCAGGAUCCGAAUCUGAAGCUGAAUCCGGGUCGGGUCAAUCCCAACCAUCCCCAUCUCUAUCAGCCUUCACUGUCAAACAACAUGUUCCUUCAAAACAACCAACCCCAUCAAAACCAUCAACAAAAAGACCCCAAGAAACCAAAGAAAAAGACUCAAAAAGGAACAAAAAACCCAAGAUUCAAGAAGAAGAGGAGAAAAAAUCAGCUACAACACCUAUUAGGCUAUGGAGUGAUGAAGAUCAGGUUGCUGUACUUAAAGGUAUGGUUGAAUUCAAGAACCAAAAAGGUACUGAACCAAAUUCAGAUAUGUCUGCUUUUCAUGAUUUUAUUAAAGGGAAGUUGCAAGCUGAAGUUUCAAAGAGUCAAUUGAGUGAUAAGUUAAGGAGGUUAAAGAAGAAAUUUUUAACUAAUGUGAAAGAUGGUGAGGAACCUGUUUUCUUUAAGCCUAACGAUAAUUUAGUGUUUGAGUAUUCAAAGAAGAUUUGGGGUGGUGGUAAGAGUGAUAAUGUUGGAAGUAGUAAUGGUGUUAUUAAGGAGAAUGUUAAGAAUAGUACUGAUGGCAGAGCUAAAAAGACGGUCGAGGUUAAAAAGAGUGUUGAACCUAAGAAAAGUGGUAAAGUUAGUAACGUUAAGAAGCCAAAAGAUGAUGAGAAAGAGAAACAUAAGGAAGAAGAGAAAGAGAAACAGGUUGCUGUGAAAGAGGUAGUUAAGGAGGAUAAUGUAGUAAAGGGUGAUGAUCAACAGGAUUUUCAGGCUAAGUAUCCACGUUUGGCUGCGUCAGUUGAUGGUAUGGCCGACUUGUCUUUGAGGUAUCCGAACGCUGCAAAUAUGUUGAAGGAGAACAUGAGUUUGCUUGCUAGUGAUAAGGCUAAGGUGUUGGAGGAAAAGUGGAAGAAACUGGAGGAGGAUGAAGCUGAUUUAAUGGUGAAGCGUUUAGAUUUGAUUUCCGAGCAUUACAGGAUGGUGGUUGAUGCAAUGAGAGGUAACUAGAUGUUGAUGGUUCAUGUUUGCACUGAUUCAUGUGGAGUUCUUGGAUUUUGUUUCAAUAUUCUUGUCUCUGGAGACGUUUUCUUCUCAUGUUAAUGACUUAUUAUUAAUGCUGCAAGUUAGAUUUUCUUUUUCAGGUUAAUCGUACAUGUUAUUGCUUUUUUAGUUUUACUAGUAAAAUGGUUUGUAUGA